AUGUCGUACACUCUCCACGGAUCCAUCCUCUCCACCUGCACCGCGCGUGUCGUCGCCUCUGGCGCGACCAUCGGCGCGGACAUCAAGCUCGAGAACCACGACUUCCACGCGAUCCACGAGGCGGCGUGGGCGAAGAACCAGCCCUUCAACCAGAUGCCCUACCUCGUCGACAACACGACUAGCUUCGAGAUUUUCGAGUCCCGCGCCAUCUGCAAGUACAUCGCCAACAAGGCCGGGUCCGACCUUCUCCCGAAGCAAAGCGACGCCGAGGCUUACGGGCGCUUCGAGCAAGGCUGUUCGAUCGAGCAGUCCAACUUUGACCCCGCCGCUUCGGGUCUCGCGUUCCAGCUCGUCUUUGCCAAGAUGUUCGGCCUCGAGACCGACGUAAAGCUCGUCGAGAAGCUCAAGGGUGACCUCACCAAGAAGCUGCAGGGUUACGAGCGCCUUCUCUCGAAGCAGAAGUUCGUCGGCGGCGACAAGCUCACCCUCGCCGACAUCUUCCACCUACCGUACGGCUCCAUUGUCGCCCAGCUCGGCGUCGUCCCGAGCCUCACUGACGGCUCGCUCCCUCACGUUAAGGCGUGGUGGGACACCAUCAGCUCGCUCCCCGCUUGGAAGGAGUACGAGCAGCAAAAGGCCGCUGCCAUGGCCGCCAUGGGCGCGGCCAAGUAA